AUGUCCCCGGACGAGCGCAUGGAGAUGAUCCGCGGCAUGGUGGAGGGCCUCGCCGCGCGGCUCGAGGAGAAUCCGGACGACGCGCAAGGUUGGCGCCGCCUCGCCCGCUCCUACGCCGUGCUCGGCGAGCCCGAGAAGGCGCUCGACACGCUGCGCCGGGCGGUGGAGUUCGCUCCCGACGAUCUCGCGACACUUCAUGCCUACGCGCGUGCUCUCACCGGCGACAUCGGCGCGAAUCCGCAUCGCCGCCGGCGGCUGUCGCAGUCUAUGAACGAAUCCUCGCGCUCGAUCCCGCCGAUGGGGCGGCACUCUGAGGGCAUCUUCGGAGUCUACGACGCCGGUAUCGUGGGAACCUCGACCAAUGACAUCACCAUCACCGGCGUCGGUGCCCGCAUCAAGUUCUGA